AUGUCUAAUACCCUUGAGGGCAGUGAUGAUGAAUUGAUCUCUGCCUGCGAAUCACUACCGGACAUGCAAGCUGCCCCCGACAGGGGAUUCGAGACUCGGCUCUCGGCCCCGAUAAGCCCGGCUUUCAGUGCUUCGGGAGUGAGUAUCGCUCCGUCAAACCUGAUGCAGAGCCAAACAAGCAAUGCCUUUGGUGUGGGUAACGCGACCUUGGAUACCGAUUUUACAGUGAUGCAGGGAGUUCCCUCCCUCUCAUCCGUCGACCUUCCUCCACUACGGACGCAUGACGAUCGACCACCAAAACCUGAUGUUCUACAUCACUCGACGACAUUGGUUCCCAGCCCUUUCGGAGAGCGUAUCACGAUCAAUAUGCAGGAAAUAGUGCUCUCACGGCAUCAACAGGUUGAGCUGGGUGGCGAAGACAGUGGCGGCGGGUCUUUGCAAUCUAAAUUGCGUGCAUUUCCGCAAACCAUCCUCGAACCAAUCCCAGCCACCACUGAACACAAGAUCCCCGAGCUAGGACCUCGCGAGCAGAGUCAAUCCAAUCCGAGACGGCCUAAGCUUCAAGUGUUGCUGAAUUCGCCUCAGUGUCCCGUAUCAACCCUUGAGCAUGCGGGACACCUGCUUCCUGGGUUAGCUGAAGUUGGUUUUACAAUCAAUCCAUCCAAGGAGGUCGGGAAUAUCAAGCCCCAUCCUGAGCAGACGACAGCGGCCGCGGCUAAUAUCAAAAGAAAAAGACGCCCUACGACAAGAUCGUCGGUCCCGAGGACGACGAAAACAAACCAACGACCCGGGCGAAAAUACGAGAACCAGUGGAGGGUCGGUCAAGCGCCAACCGCUGGGCUUAGAGAUUCAAAAGAGCAGACGAAUUUCGAUCGGGUCCUGGCUGCUGUGUCUGGCUACUACCAAGGUAAUGCGGACGGUACUUGGAAGGUGGCCCUCCACAACAAUGCUUCGGAAUACGAGGGAAAAGGUCUGACGGAAGCCAUUGGAGCGUCGAUAAUCAUGGCGGCCGGUCUGAUAGCGGCCGGGCAGGCUCCAGAUGCGACGCAGAUCCUAAAUAGGACACUUCCGCUGGCCGAGGUCAUGUUGCUGAGCCAGCACCCCCAACUGUGUUACUGGUUGACCGAGGUGAGCAUGGACACAUCUCAGACAGUGGCCGGGAGCGUUCGACGGGCUGUGAAGGCUCAAUUCACGCCUCUUGCAUGCAAGCUCCUGGGACCGAAUCAUCCGAUUUCUCUUGUUCUCAGAAUGCCCUUGACCAUGGAGCAGCAAGUCAGGAUGCGGCUGGAGGCCCAGGCCGUGGCCCACGAUUACCACGUCCGAACUUUCGGCAAGUAUUCGUACCAGACGAUGGCUCACCAAUGGUACUGGGGUCGGAUAACCGCGGCGUCGGGCCAGUUUGACGAGGCAGUCCGGCUCCUGAAGGACCUGACCCAGAACUUCGAACAACUGUACUCCACGCCAAACUCGGCGGUGGCGAUUACUGCGCUCGUUGAGCAGGCGCGGGUGAUGAUGGCCUCUGGAGACGCAGGCAUCAGGGUGGAGUGUCUUCUCUGCGACGCGCUGCGGCGCAUUGAAAUCCUUUGUUCAGCGCAGAGCUUAGACAAGCCGAUCCUGGAUGCAGCGGAACUACGGCUGCGAGAGGGUGGCCUGGUUUUCGCCCGGUUGGCAGCACUUCGGGCGCUUGGGCGAGUGCAUGCCAUGCGGUUGAAUCUCAGCGCUGCAGUGCUGUGCUUUGAGCAGGCGAUGACGAUUGCCAGGGCGGAACUCAAAGAGCAGUCGUCACUCAGGAAACUUUGCGAGACUGAUCUCGAGGUCACCAGGAUCAUGGAAUUGGAACGGGCGAUGGGGGUGUUGUGGGUUGAGGAUCCUACUAGCAGGCUUCCUCCUGUGAGCAGUAUUAUCUCUCUUGUUCCAAUAGAAACGUGA